AUGGCAUAUGGUGAGGAAGCAUCUUGCACAAAUGCUCAAAAUGGUGCUUCUGAAUUUUUUAACAGUGUGUGGAAAGGUUCACAUCGAGAGUCGUCUGUUAUUAACAGUUGGGCCGGCGCGAAGUAUGGCGUCUCCGAGGUAUACCAAGGGAAGCAUUCGCCGCCAAGAUGGACAGCACGAAUAACUCCAGCAAGUCUGUUGAUCAACUGCCGUCGCCUUAGAGCGACAGUUGUUAGUCACCAAGCGAAGAGUGGAUAUCCGCACCCUUACUCUCAUUU